CGAGCCGGACCCAACCGAGCCGGACCCAACCGAGCCCGACCCAACCGAGCCCGACCCAACCGAGCCCGACCCAACCGAGCCCGCGCUGCGCCCGGGCCGGCUCUGUCGGGCGCGCCCGCGGGACGGGCCCGCGGGGCCGGACGCUGCCUCGCGAUAUAAAAAACAUCUAAAAAAUAAAAAUGGCUGAACUGGACCAUGGAACAUUGUUUUCAGCUCCUAGGAUUAGUGAUGGAGAAAAUCCAGUGAUUCCUGCAAGAAAGGCUCUUUGCAGCCAGAAGUACAAACCUGUUGACUAUAAACAUCUGCACGAACUUGCUGCAGAGGCAAAAAUGGCCUCUGAAAAAACUCAGUUAAAGAUUAAAAAAACAGAGCAAGUUUCAAAGUUUAACAAAGAGCAAAUGCUGCUGAAACAGCACCGGCAGGUGUGGUGGCAAGAGCAUAAGAGGCUGAGCGAGAGCAGGCAAAAAGCAGAAGGAGAAAUAAAGACUUUUCUUAAUGAAGCAACUCAUAAGCACAACUUUUUGGAUUUGAGGGACUUGGAGCAGGAAUUGUCCAGGCAGCGGGACACUUACCAAACAAACAGUGUAGUUCCUGUCUGGCAGCUAAAGGAAGAUUUAAAACUCAAGCUGGCAGAAAUGCAGCGUUCCCUCUCAGAAGAAUCUUGUCAGAAACCUGAGAUCGAUUCAUUUGAGAUAUUACAGCAGAUCAAAUUUGUGAAGAACCAGCAGAAGGCAGUUUUGGAAGGUCUUGUCCUUGAAAGUCUGGCUUUGGAGAGAGAGCUUGAAGACUACAAAGCAAACGCAUUAGUGGGCUCUUUUGAGGAGAAAAAUGGGCUUUUCCAUGAAGUUCCUGCUGAGCUGCUGUCUCUGGAAUGCCCUUACCCUGACCUGAAGACCUUGGUGAUCCAGGAGUACCAAGAGCUUGCCAGUGGGUACUGGGCGAGGCUUCAGGAGGUCGACCAGCAGUUGGAAGCUUUAUCCAGGAACAGUGACUGGAAGGAAGAAGAUCAGUGGGUUUUCCAGGCUGUUAUCAAUCAGUAUCCAAGUGAUCUUCAGAGGAGGAGGACUUUGUACCUGGAUAUGCUGCAGAGAUACCUUCCCCACAAAUCCUGGCAUGAGCUGGUUGCUCAUGAGAAAGCCUGGGAUCACUGCCAUUCCAUCAGGAAUCAGCACAGAGCCUUGCUGCUGAGCUGGGCUCAGGCUAGGAAAGCCUUUGUCCUUAGGGCAGUGGCAACUGCUGCUGAAGCUGCUGCUGCUCAUGAGGCAGAAGUGGUGCUGGCUGACUCCAGGCAAAAGCAACUGGAGAUCUGUGCUGAGCUGAAAGCAAAGGUUCUACAGUGGAAAGCACAGCAGGAAGAAGCUGCUAAACUAGAAGCUGCUGUAGCUGCCAGAAGAAAAGAAAAGGAAGAUGAGAAAAAAAGGCUACAGAGAGAACAGGAAACCAGUCGUAGAGCUCAGGAGAAAGAGAAACUGAAAAAAUACUGGGCUGAGAAACAACUCAAGUGGCAAGAACAGGAGGAGAGAGAUCUACAACGUCUGGAGGAAUUGAGAAAAUUAAUGGCUGAACAAGCGGCUAAAGACAGAGAAAGGUUGCUGUUGUUGCAAAAUCAGACCCAGCCAGAGCAGUGGCUGAUACGGUGGCAUCAAGGGCCCGGAUGGGCAUCGGAGCCAACCAGGAGUUUGAGCUGCAGCAGCCUCUGUUCAGGCUGCACACGUACAGUGAGGAGCAGGUCAUUUCUGACCCCAGACUCCGUGUCGAGCUCGCUCUCCGAGAAGCUGGACUGCAUAAAACACUUUAUGCAAGAGAGAUUUUGCCAAAAAUUCCUCCACCAAAGCUUCCAAGAAGAGACAUGGAGUCUACAGCUUUUGAAGUGUAGACCACCUCUUGUCUCAGGAGCAGAGGAGCUUCAGGGGUGCAGACCUUUAAUAAAUUCCCUUUGGUUGUGUCAUAGAACUGCUCAGUUCCCUGUGUGUGCAGCCAUUCAAACCCUGCUGAGCCUUUCUCCUAGUGCCUGCUGCAGGUUUGGGGAGCUGGGGGUGGGCUGGUGCAGUGUCAGUGUCCAUGUCCCUUUUAACUGGGAGCUGGGACACCUGUACAUGAGGACUCCUACACACAGCACAGGCCAAUCUGAUGUGCAGCACCUGGAGCAGGAACUCUUGGGUUUCAAUUGGCAGCAGAAAUCCAAAAUAGCUUUGCACUGCAGUUACUUUAGAUUAUAUUACGUUACAUGAAUAAAUCCCACAGUUUUUAUUCCAAGUUUCUUGAGAAUUUGAUCUUUUAAUUAUAAAAUCUUCAUUACCAUGCAUGUUUCUAAUAUUCUUUGAUUAUUAUAAGAAGAAACUUAAACCUUUGUCUAUAUUUAGAAGCCAAUUUGCUGCAUCAUAU